GGAUCAGCUUGUGGUUGAGAUCAUGAAGGGACGAUACAAUGAAUACACCAAUAUUGAUCUGGGUCUUGUGGUCAAUUUGGAUCUCUCAAGCAACCAUUUGACCGGGUCAAUCCCCGAAGAAUUUGCUUAUCUCGCGGGAUUGCAUGGCUUGAACUUGUCCCACAACCUUCUCUCUGGUGAUAUGCCCAUUGGCAUUGGGAACAUGAGGUCCCUCGAGUCCCUUGAUCUUUCGAACAACCACCUCUCGGGGACGAUUCCGCAGGGCAUUUCAGCGUUAACAUUUCUGGGCCACCUCAACCUGUCUCAAAACAACUUCUCCGGGCAGAUUCCAGAAGGAAAUCAAAUCCAGACACUUGACGAUCCUUCCAUUUAUGCCGGCAAUCCUCUACUCUGCGGUGAUCUUCUAAGAAGAAAAUGCCUCGAUGCCGAGGCGCCUCAACCUCCAAAAAUCCCUCACCCUGAAGAUACACAUGACGAGGAUAAGCUUGAAGAGGCCUUGUUCUACGGGGUCGUAAUGCUUGGGUUUGCGACUGGGUUUUGGGGCUUCUUUGGUGUUUUGCAGGUCAAGAGGGAUUGGAGACGUGCAUAUUUCAGCUUUGCGGAUCAUGCAACAGACAAGGCAUACGUGGCUAUAGUGGUGAAGGUAGCCAAGAUGAAGAGACUGAGACGGUCAAGAAGCACAUAAAUAAUGAGCAAUCUCUUGCCGUCUCCUCCCCUGCCUUUGGUUCUUCAUUUGGGGCUGUGUGAAAUUUCUUGUGCUUUCCAAUAGUUGGCUUAUUGAUGUAAUGUAAUAAGAGUGCUGUAAGGUUUCCAACUUUGUCGCAGAAUAUGAUGUCUGCAGAUUGAGAGA